CUCAUCCCUGCAGUUUCAGUAAGUAUCAGAACUUACGGAGAGUCUCGUCUUUAUGUAGGCUACCAGGAUAAGGUUAGACUUGCCCGUAUGUUGCAGGAUACAGCAAGAUAAGGCAAGCCUCGCGUUUAUGCAGCUGGAUAAGGCGAGUUUCCGUCCGGAACGACUGCUGCGCCAUGACAAAGUUCCUGAGGGUGGAAAAUGCAAUUUCGCAGGUGGCGGUUGACACAUCCAACGUCAAGGCGUUUACCAACAGGACGCAGGGCGCUGUUUCAAGUCUCUGCUUCACUUCACACAGUCCAAACAGGGGUUCAUGCAGGACUUAACUGGAGACAGCAGGGAUCACAGCAGCACUGAGAUAAUUAAGGACAAAUUGCACCACCAGCCCUGAAACCCCCCAAACUGCAUCCUGUUGGAGCCCCAUCUCCUGCCUGUCAAACACCCAUGGAGGUCUUCUACUUCAACUCCUCCAUCGUCUACAUCAACGGCAGCACUGGGGGCAGUGACAUGACCCCGUACGAGGAGUGUAAGGACAUGCCCGCUGCCCUGAUCUUUUAUCUGAUCCUGCAGGCCAUCAACCUGUUCCUGGGGAUCCCUGCUAACCUCAUGGUGCUGUGGCUCCUGCACAAGAACAAGGGGGACUCCUCCAGCUCUGACAUCUUCAUCCUCCACCUGGCCAUCCUGGAUACCUUCUUCUGCCUCAUCCCUCCCCUGGAGCUGGUCAACAAAGUCUUCCUCACCAUCGGCAGCACCUGGUACGUACUGCGCUUCUUCUACGGGGUGAAAGACUCUUCGCCGCUCUUCCUCUCCUGCAUCUGCAUGGACCGCUACAUGGCCGUCCUGCACCCAAUCACCUUCACCGAGCUGAAGGACCGAAACCACCGCUCGGUCUGCGCUGCCGUGCUGUGGCUGGUCACCCUGGUCUAUGCGGCGGCUAAAUGCGUAUGGGGCAACAUCCCCAACUUCGAGAAGGUCUUUGUUGCCAUGAUCCUGGCAGCUUUUUCCUUCAUGCUCUUCUGCAAUGUGGCCAUCCUGAACGCGCUCCGCAAGUCAGGCCCUGGCCGUGAUGAGAUGCACCCCGUCAAGAAGAGGGCCUUCAAGAUGGUGCUCAUCAUUCUGGCCAUCAUAGUCUUCAACUACUUCCCACCUGUGGCACUCUUCCCCUUUCAGGAGCACUUCUCCCCGGACGAGUUCAUCUGCUUUGUCUACCCUAUAGCCUUUGGCUUCAUGGACAUCAGCAGCAGCAUUCAGCCUGUUCUCUACCUCUCCCGGGAGAUUCCCAGUGUCCUUUGCUGCUGUCCUAAGAAUAAAGGCUCAGGAAACUCCACUGAUCCAAGCUGAAAUUUGAUCAAAGAUCCAUUGUGUAGAUUUGCAGUUAGAUUUAUUUUUGUAGGAAUUUUCUUUCUAGAGUCAUGGAAUUGAAGAAUUCCUUUGUAAUGAAGCUCUAUCUAAUUUAAAAUAAAUUAAUUGACGUGUGUUAUGUGUUGAGUCCAAAUAAACGGAAAUUGACUGGAAUGGUAUGAGGGAACACUUAAAAAUGUACUGAAAUAUAUCCGGCCAUAAAAUGAAAUGGCUGUAACUUGAUUUUUACACCUUGUUUGUUGUACCAGGCUUGGAAAUCAGAUCACUGUUCCAGAAAGUGCUUUUCUAUGAUGAAACUUUAAAAAAAAAAAGAUUUUUCAUG